GGCGUGUGCCGGGGAGCUGCAGGCUGCCACCCUCCCCUGCACCUUCCCCAGCCUGUGCGGGUGGUGGGGAGCGCGAGCUGCUGGGCCAGCCCCAGUGUGUGUGUGUGUGUGUGUGUGAAGCCGGGAGAGAUUUGGGAGGUUUAGGGGCUCGUUGCCAUGGCUCCCGGGAAGCUCCGCCGAAGGAGAUAUUGAUGCCAGUCACGGAGGGAGCCUUCUUCCUUUCAGUGCGUUUCCCUUUUUUUUUGGAUGGGGGGAAGGCGAAGUGAUUAAUUCGGAGCGCUGGGACGGGGGAGCUGCUGUCCACGAACCGCAGCCCCAGCCGGGCGCCUCUCCCUUUCCCCUGCGAACUCCGGGCGCUUCCCAGCGAGGGACGCUAACCUCCCCGCCCGCCCUGAGGUGCAACCAGCAAGCCCAGAUGCAGUAAAGUGGGAAGAAUGAUCCAGAUUUAAAACUGCAGAUUGCGGCAGGAGUUGAUGAAGGAGCUGAAUUCACUGAUAAGUCCUGAGGCCAAUUCAUGCAACUCUUACUCAACCUAAAGACUGACUGAAGUCCUCUUCAGAAGGUUAUUUAAAGAUUUGCAAGUUCACAUCCUUACGUCUGAGUUGAACUGAAGGUGGGAGAAAAAACAUUCUUUCAUUCUGUUUGGACUUCCUGUUUACAGAAGAGAGAUGGAGAUACUAUUAAGCACAAAAAGGAUCAACAUAUGUCUGCUUUUCUUUCUAUUAAAUUUGGCAGCAGGUAUUGAAAUACCAUUAUCAGUUGCACAGGUUCCAACAAUUACAGAGCAAUCCAUGACCCAAGUUGCAUACCCUUUUGAUGAAGACUUUACAAUUAACUGUGAAGCUAAAGGAAAUCCACAACCCAUUUUUAAUUGGACUAAAGAUGAGAAACCAUUCGAUCUACUAUCCGACCCCAGGAUAAUUGCAUCCAAAAAUUCAGGAACAUUUGUGAUCCAAAAUCAGGGGAUCAUAGCUGAUUUUCAAGGGAAAUAUCGUUGUUAUGCUUCAAAUGAACUGGGAACUGCCAUGUCAGAAGAAAUUGAAAUAAUAGUUCCAAGUGUACCAAAAUUCCCAAAAGAAAAGAUUGAGCCAAUUGAGGUAGAGUAUGGUGAUGCUGUGGUUUUGCACUGUAAUCCUCCUAGAGGAAUUCCACCUUUGCAUAUCUAUUGGAUGAAUAUUGAUUUACAACACAUUCCACAAGAUGAAAGGGUCUCCAUGAGCCUUAAGGGAGAUCUGUACUUUGCAAAUGUGGAAGAAAAUGACAGUCGAAGCGAUUAUUGUUGCUUUGCAGCAUUUCCCAGGCUGCGGACAAUCGUUCAGAAAAUGCCAAUGACACUGAUGGUUACACGUAUUAAACAUACUAAUGACUCAAGCUCACCUAAUGCUGCUGUUACUAAGGCUAAUUUCAUCAAGGAAAGAAAACCCAAAAUACUGAUACCACCUGAAUCUUCUGGUAGCAGCUCAUCAGUUACUGUCAUCAAAGGGGGAGUUCUACUGCUUGAAUGCAUUGCUGAAGGGCUCCCAACUCCGCAUCUUAAUUGGAUCAAGGUUGGUAGAGAUUUGCCCAAGGACAGAGCAGUGACAGAAAGUUUUGGAAAGAUUUUGAAGAUAGAACAAGUAUCUGCAGCAGACGAAGGCACUUAUGAGUGCACAGCAAGCAAUUCUGUGGGGAAAGCGAAACAUGAGUUUCAAGUUCACGUGGAAGGCAGGCAACCAGAGAGGAAGAACAGCCUUUCAGAACCUCCUCGGUGGAUAAAGAAACCCACAAGUGACGUUUACAGCAUAGAGUCAACUGCUUUGCUAUUGUGUGAAGCUACUGGCAAGCCUGAGCCAACUAUAAAGUGGAAACGUAAUGGGAUGCCUAUUGAUAAAAGGACCUAUAGGGGCAGAGUCUCUGCCGGGGAGAUCAGCAUUACCAACCUACAACUGCAGGACAGCGCAGUGUAUCAGUGUGAGGCAACUAACAAGCAUGGCACCAUCCUUGCCACUGCCAAUGUGAAUGUUUUAAAUAUUGCUCCAUUAGUGCUAACCUCAGACAGUGAAGAUUAUGCCACAGUUGUUGGUUUCAAUGCUUUCUUGCACUGUCAAGUUUUUGCUUCACCUCCCGCUGUCAUUAUUUGGAUGAGGGAUGACAGCACAAUGCCACUUGAAGGUCUGCGGUACACUGUAUAUGAAAAUGGCACCUUGGAGAUCAGAGAGACAAAGAAAGAAGAUUCUGGGUCGUACACUUGUUGGGUGACAAAUUUGGUUGGAAAAAGUGCAAUCACUGCCAAUCUGGGUAUCAGAGAUGCUACAAAACUUGUUGUUACUCCUGAUAACCCGCAAGUGUUGAAAUCACAUUCAGUUUUAUUGAAAUGUCAGUCUGAAUAUGACUCACACUUGAAGCAAAGUUUUAAAUUAUCCUGGAGGAAAGAUGGAGAUGAGUUGCAAAUCAACAGCACAGAAGAUGGCAGGAUAAUUAUUGAAAUGGAUACAUUGUUCAUAUCAAGUGUGACAUUCGAGGAUCAAGGCGUUUACACCUGUGUGGCUAGUACAUCCCUGGACAGUGUCACAGCUGAAUCUCAAUUAAUUGUCCUUGAUGUUCCUGACCCACCAGAAGAGCUACUUCUCUCAGAAAAACAGAACAGAAGUGUUAGAUUAUCCUGGAAAGCAGGAGGCAGUCACAACAGUCCCAUUUAUGAGUCCAUUGUAGAAUUUGAAGCGAAUCGUUUGGAGCCUGGGAAGUGGCAGGAACUCAUAAGAAUCCCAGGGAACAACACAACCGUUGUUUUAUCAUUGGCUCCUUAUAUAAAUUACCAGUUCCGUGUUCUAUCCAUUAAUGGUGUUGGAAGAAGCAAGGCUAGCACAUCAUCAGCACGCUAUGAAACACCUCCCACUGCUCCAGACAAGAACCCAGAAAACAUCCGAGUCGAAGCUUCUGAACCAAAUGAAAUGGUUAUGAAAUGGGAGCCAUUGAAACCCAUGGAGCAAAAUGGACCAGGACUGGAGUACAAAGUCAGCUGGCGACAGCAGGGAGUAGAGACAGACUGGAACGAGGAAACUGUGAAAAAACAUUCCUUGACAUUGAGGAAUACUCCUACCUUUGUGCCUUAUGAUAUCAAAGUCCAAGCUGUAAACAAUUUUGGAUCUGGUCCUGAACCAAAUGUUACCACUGGAUAUUCAGGAGAGGACAUUCCAGAUGCUGCUCCUUCAAGUGUAAUGGUGGAAGUGAUGAAUAGUACACUAGUUAAAGCGAUCUGGUCCGGCAUUCCAAGAGACCGUGUUCGUGGACACUUAAAAGGAUAUAAGGUCAUUUGGUGGAAAACAAGGAGUUUGCUGGACGGAAAACAACAUCGCCCAGACAAACACUUCCUAACAUUUACAGGAGACAGAAACUAUGGCAUGAUUCCUGGUCUAGAGCCAUUUAGUGAAUUUCACUUAACCGUUUUGGCUUUCAAUGCAAAAGGAGCUGGACCUGAAAGCUCUCCAACCAUAUUCCAAACUCCAGAAGGAGUCCCCGAACAGCCACAUUUUCUAAGAAUACUAAACUUUGAUAAGGAUUCUGUCACUUUGUCAUGGGGUCUUCCCAGAAAACCAAAUGGCUUCCUUACUGGCUACAUUUUGCAAUAUCAGAUAAUAAAUGAGACAGAUGAGAUUGGAGCACUGAAUGACGUCAAUAUUACAAACCCUUCAACUUUCAGCUGGAGGUUUUCAAAUCUGAGCUCCAGCACCAAGUAUAAAUUCUAUGUGAAGGCCUGUACUAUAAAAGGCUGUGGGAAACCAAUCACAGAAGAAGGACUAACAAUAACAGAAGGGAGUAAAGGGAUCGGGAAGAUUUCAGAAGCAGUAAAUCCCACCCAAAAGUUUCACCCCAUUGAGGCACUUGAGUCCGGAACUGAAUAUACAGUUCGUCUAGUGACUAAGAAUUGGGUUGAUAACAAUAGCAUUUUUGAAGAUGUAAUUGAGACGAGGGAGAGAGCUUAUGCUGGCAUUUAUGAGGGAAUUUCCACCCAAGGCUGGUUUAUUGGACUGAUGUGUGCCAUCGCUUUGCUUACCUUAUUGCUGCUAACGAUGUGCUUUGUCAAAAGAAAUAAAGGAGGAAAAUACUCAGUGAAAGAAAAAGAGGAUUUGCAUCCAGAUCCCGAAGCUCAAUCAAUUAAAGAUGAGAUCUUUGGGGAAUAUAGUGACAGCGAUGAGAAGCCACUCAAAGGCAGCCUCCAGUCACUUAACGGGGACAUUAAAGCUACGGAAAGUGCUGAUAGUUUGGUAGAUUAUGGAGAAGGGGACCAAGGGAUGUUUAAUGAAGAUGGUUCAUUUAUUGGCGCUUACGCUGGAUCUAAGGAAAAAGGAUCAGUCGAAAGCACUGGAAGUUCUACAGCAACAUUUCCUCUCCAUGCAUAAAAUAUUAACAUAAAUGAUUAAUUUCAAAUUUCCAUAUUUAUCUUGACUAGUAAUCAACUAUUACCAUAUGUGAUCAGAAGUAGGUUGCAGAAUGAAUCAGUCAGGACCCCAACCUCCAGGUAAUAUGGGAAUUAGUCGCUGCUAUCAAAAGAUGAUUUUUGAGACUUUUCAGUCCUGAUUGUUCAGGUGUUUUCAUUCGUAAAGAACAGGUGAAUAAUAUUCUCACAUUCAAUAUAUACCACUCAGUCUGACCAAAACCAUAGCUUCUCAGUGUUACAUAUGUAUAUAGAUACUUGCUACCCUACAUGUUUCUCUAUAUAACUUUUCUCUUUCUUGUAUGCUUUGUCACUUUGUAUAUACAUUUACAUCCAGUAUUCCCUAAUAUAUAAUGACCUUAGCAUUGUGGAGGUCAGAAGGUAGUGGGGGUGGGAGAAGGGAGAUUACUUUAAAAAUUAACCCCAAGAAAAAAAUAAUUGAAAACACUAUAGAAAUAGAUUCCAUAUAUUAUUUAAUGUUCAUGAAGAAGAAGAAGAAAGUCUGUUUAAGUAAGUCUAGAAUUAGUGGCUAGAGCUGAUUGCAAUUACUUAGAGAAACAGCUUUAUCCAAAAAUAAUUUGAUCACAAACUUGCUCUCAAAAGAAACAGCUUCCGAUCUGGUAUCUAUAUCUUCUCUCCAGUAACUAUCACUCUUUCCUUAAACAAGUUCAGUUACACUAGUUUUCCUUUGGCAGAGGAUAACGAGGCUCAUCCCACAUCUGUUCUAUGUGUCAAUGAAGCAGGAUCAGGUCUUUAGACUACUAAAAAGGCCACCUGAAUCUGCCUCCCAAGAUCCUUGAAAACUGCAUUUCUAAGCAACUGUUUUUUGUCUGCCUUCUGUCUGUAUAUUUGUAUGCUAGCAUACAUUUCAGGAAUGAAUUGUACAUAUUAUUUGCAAUUUUGUGGUAGUGAUGUUGGUCCCAGGAUACUAGAGAGACAUGGUGGAUGAGGUAAUAUCUUUGUUUUGUACCAGUUUCUGUUGGGGAAAGAGACCAACUUUUGAGCUACACAGAGUUCUUCAGAAGAAGACGUUGGUCCAUGAAAGACAUCCACCUUGUCUCUCUUGUACAUAUUACGUUAAUAUUUACAUAACUGAAAACACAGACUGGUUUGUAUUGCUAUGUAGAAAUAGAGGGACAAACUGGGUAUAAAACAGUCAGAUAUUAGCUUUUCCUCUUUCUUUUGGAUAAUACUUAAAAAAUCAUUGUUUCGCUCUCCAAAAAAUAAACCCUGAAUAGUUAGGUAUUUUUAAAAAAAAUAUUUUCACAUCCUGCAUUGUUCCUUUUUAAAAAAAAUGGAUUACAUUAGAGUUUCUUUUCUACAUGGUGUACUGAAUAAGGUUUAAAAUUCCCAAUGGAGCUGUUCCUUUCUCUGCUACUCAUUCCCAUUACAAACUCAGCAAAGCUGCACUGUGCACGUUUGGCCUUUUUAUAUUUGGCCUCCCAAUUAUUUUAAAACAUUUUUGUUUUUUUGUUUUUGCUUUUAUAGUUUGUUAACUUCAGUACAAUGCAAAUGUUCCUUGCAGUUCUAUGUUGUUCUUUUAAAAUGGUUGUAUCUGCAAUUACAAUACACUUUAGCCAUUGUUAUAAGGAGAAAUCUUACUAUAUAAAAGCUAAUUCCUGCAAAAUCUUUUAUACAUGAGUAGUCCUUAGGCAAAUAGAUCCAUUGAUUUCAUUGCAAGUACUUCAGUGGAAAUAAUAGUGUAAGUAAAGACUACUCACAUGAGUAAGGGUUUGCAGGAUCAGACCCAGAAUUACAACUUUAUGAGCUGCAUGAUGCACAUUGUUAAAUAAUUAUAACACUGGUUUUAAUUUUAUACAAUACCUAAGGGACCAGCUCCCAUUCAUGUACUUAAAUGAAGUGGCUUGAGCUUCAAAAGUGCUCAACAACCAUUGAAAACAAUGGUAGCUGUUGGGUGCUGAAUCCUUUUGAAAACCUGGCCCUAAAUCUACCAUCUAUUUGGAAUAAAGGCCAAUGGGACUACUUAUAUGUGGCUUGUAGGAGUAUGAUAUGGUCAUAGGUUAAAAUAGUUAGCACAAUAUCCUGUAUUAUAAUACACAAUAUCCUCAGAUCCCUAAAAUUGGGAGAAUUUG